AUGGCUUACAACAAAUCCUACAACCCAGAUGCGCUGCCUGCACAUGCAGAGCCUGAACAGGUAGCUCAGAUGAUCGGUGCCAUGCAAGUUGGUCCCUCUCAACAACAGAAACCCCAACGGCCGUCUCCCAAUCCCUCCUCCAGCGGCGUCCCGCCUCGAGUCCCCGUGUCCGGCGCCCCAAACGCCCAAUUUCAGUCUGCGCUAGCCUCGCGUCCUCCAGUGCAAGCUCAGCAUCCCUACAAUAACAAUAAGCCGCUACCCGCGGGUCCUCAGCAGAAUCACCAUCAAACGCAUCCAUUGCAUCCGUCGCCGCCUCCUCAGAACUACGGGUUCGGCCCUCCCCCGUCCCAGCCAGUGCGCAAUCGCCCGCAACCGACGUCGCGUCCUCCUCGAUCGCCCAAUCCACCUCCGUUGGGUGUCCCCGACGAUGAUCCGCAGCAACUGUUCCCAUUAUUUCGCGCCGCCAACUCGUCGCACUCCGGGGCGCUCACCGAGAUGGAGCUGGGCUCCGCUCUGGUCAAUGGGGACUACACCUCGUUUCAUCCACGAACCGUCAAGAUGAUGAUCCGCAUGUUCGACCGUAAUAGCAGCGGAACCAUAUCCUUUGACGAGUUCGUAUCACUGUGGCGCUACCUGGCCGCUUGGCGCGAGCUUUUUGACCGGUUCGACGUUGAUCGCAGCGGUCGCAUCAGUUUGCAGGAGUUCGAGAAUGCUUUAAGCGCCUUCGGAUACCGCCUGAGCCAGCCGUUUGUCACGGUGUUGUUCACCACGUUCGAGGCUAAAGGGCGGCAGAUGAACGGGCCUCCCAAGGGUCCGCCUUCGACGGGCAUGAGCUUCGACUUGUUCGUGCAGGCGUGCAUCAGUCUGAGGCGCAUGACGGAUGCAUUCAAACGUUAUGAUGACGACCGGGAUGGCUAUAUUACCGUGAGCUUCGAGGAGUUUUUGACGGAGAUUCUUCAGUUACAAGAUUAG